UCAUUCCUAACCUAACCCUCCAGAGAAAGCUAUCUUGUCUCAAGUUGUUAUCUGGCUUAAUUUCAUGGUUGCGAUUUUCUGAUUCAUUUAAUUUUAAUAUUUUGGCUCUCACACUGAGUGUUAGGCCUGAAUAAUAAGGGAGCUCUUCGACCAGAUGUGCGAAGUGCUCUCACCGAACCUACCUCCUUAACACUCACCACUCCGCCACCUUUACUUGCGAGACUUAAAUUCCUAGUCUAUACGAUGGCAACCGAAACAGUUAUCCAUAACGGGCUAUCCCGUUUGGAAAUUCUCAGCGCCGAGGAUUUUGAGACGGCCUCUAUUCGUUCAGCCGCCCCCUCUUAUAUGUCCGAAGCGCCUUCAUAUCACUCAACGAUACCUACCAACGAAAAUGUACCCGAGUACACACCGCCGGAGCCGCGAGGCUCGCCGCUGGCAUCGCCGCCGCGGUACACGUCCAUGCUGAACCCAUCCCCAACGCCAACUCCCAUGACCUCAACAUUUGCGCCGGGAGCGGGCUUACCACGGAUACCCUCUCCGCGCCGCCGUAGCGAGGUACCACACCUCGGUCAUUUCCAAGUCCCGAGCUGGUCCUCGAUGAGCAGCAACCCGACAGCUCGCCACUAUCAGAGGGUUGCCCACCGUCGCGUAUCCGCUGCUAAUGGAUCUCACUGGGGAGGAGUCGAAAGCGCCCUGCGGUCGGCGGUUCAACGCAUGAACGCUGUGGCUGCGGCCGACGAUGCUGACCCCUAUAAAGUGCGACCUCUCGAAGAUCCGUACCUGGUUGGAGAGGAAGCGGCUGCGAAGGCGAGAAGCGAGAGACUAGCAAGACAGAAUGGAGAUGAUGUUCUGAUUCGCGAGGACAGACACUGGGAUUGGUUUCUGGGUAGGUUUAUCGAAACUUUCAGCUUUGUGAUGAUAUAUUUUCGUACAUAUUGGAAACCUCGACUGACGAGGCGUCAGACGAGAGAUGUAGAGGAACGUGAGCGAGGUUGGAACAGCUUCCGCACUAACAUCGAGAGCCGUGGGAGACUCGCUCGCCGCUUCGGUCGAUGAACAACCUGUUGGACCUAUCACGUGGGAAUUAUUUCCGUCGCAAUCUCUAUUGCGAUCUUGGGCUUUCCAUCUCCCGUAGAGAGGAAACUGUGGCUAGGACUGGUAAUGGC